AUGGCCGAAUAUAUCUCAAAAACCCGCUCGCCGCUCGUCGAAACUACUAAUCGUCCCAACAUGCCAUACCCAGUCCCGGAUUAUCAGGGCCACAAGGCACGACCCAAUCAGUCCAACAGUGUCCAGUAUCCCGGCCAGUAUACUAAUAACCAGAAUACUCGCCGUGAUACGCGUGGCCAGGCUGUGGCCUAUGAUGCCUACAAUCCUCCUACUGCACAGAGACCGCAGCAGCCAACAGAUGCUGCGAAGCGUCUUUCUCAAGCAUCGUAUGCGUCCACCUCCAGCAGCCAAAGUCGGAAGAACUACAAAACCCACAUUGGACCAUGGCAGCUGGGAAAGACUCUGGGCAAAGGCUCUUCGGCUCGAGUACGGCUGUGCCGCCACAGCAUCACUCACCAAAUGGCGGCCGUGAAAAUCGUCAACCGCCGGAUGGCGUACCUUGUUCAAGACAGCAGCCUGGCUGCUCUUAGCAAGUGGGACUCGAGUCUUCCUGAAGUUAAUGGCGAAAUGCGUGUUCCCGUGGCGAUUGAGCGCGAGGUUGCCAUUCUUAAGCUUAUUGAACAUCCCAACAUCAUGAAGCUCUAUGAUAUAUGGGAGAAUCGCUCUGAAAUUUAUCUCAUUCUUGAGUAUAUAGAUCAAGGCGAUCUUUUUACUUUCAUCAACUCAAAAGGAAGACUAUCCGAAGAAGUGGCUAUUUAUUUCUUCCGGCAGAUGAUCAGUGCUAUUGCUUACUGCCACUCUUUCAACGUGUGCCACCGCGAUUUGAAGCCUGAGAAUAUUUUGAUCACCGCCGACCUGCAGAUCAAGAUUGCCGACUUCGGUAUGGCAGCUCUUCACCAGACAGCUUCUCAUCGACUGGCAACAGCUUGCGGCAGCCCCCAUUACGCAGCGCCUGAACUUCUCAAGAAUCGGCAAUAUCGGGGAGAUAGGGCCGAUAUCUGGAGCAUGGGCGUGAUUUUAUACGCCAUGCUAUCCGCGACCCUGCCUUUUGACGAUCCCGAUCUGCGUGUCAUGAUGGGCAAAACAAAAAAGGGACAGUAUGAGAUGCCAAAGUUCCUCAGCCCCGAAGCCGAAGAUCUCAUCCGCCGCAUGCUCCAGGUCAAUCCCGACCAUCGAAUUACCAUGAAGCAGAUCUGGCAGCAUCCGUUGAUUCAGCGGUAUAAUUAUCUCGAUGAUUUCGGCCAGAACACGGGUCAGCCUCCAGAUACUCGGAAGGGUUUUCAAUAUACUCCGAUCCCGCAACAUCAGAUUGACCCCCAACUGCUGCGACAACUACGUUCUCUUUGGCAUAUGUUUAGUGAUGACGACUUGGAGAUGAAACUGAGCUGCAAAGAAGCAAAUGAUCAAAAGGCAUUUUACUGGCUCCUCCACAACUAUCGUGAACAGCAGUUGGAAGAUUUCAAGCCAGAACUGUCUCACUCCAUGAGCGACUACCAUCAUCUCAAGCCAAACUCGUGGAAAAAGCGCGUCUCGACAUGCCAAUUCUACCAGCCUCGAGCCAACGGUCAUGGUAGAUCUAUUUCUCGUUUCACAGUCAUUUCCACCACAGCAGAGACAGAGAAUGGGACCGUUCAGAGCUACGAUCCAUACAGAGGCAGCCGAAUGCUUAAAGCAUGUGGCUCGCAAGCUAGCCACGCGAGAAUAACCGUCCAUCGAGAUGGCGAGAUGACUCAAGCAUCGCAGUCGGCGAGAAAACGCAGCGCGUCAAAUGCUACACGCCGCCCAAGGGCUGCUUCUGUGCGAACGUUUGUGGGCCGACCUCAGUCAUCAAGGGGAUCAGUGAGCUCUUUGCAUAGCAAUAGGCAAGGGACGCCGCAAAGACACGGCCACGGCCCAGGUUUGCGGCACAAACGAGGAGUCGAUUUUUCGCAUGUUCGCAAGCGAUCGGCCUCUGCAGUACAUAUUCAACGGGGCCCUCCUUGUUCGCGAGCAAACUCUAUGGCAUCAGAAGGCAACUCGCGCCGAAUUCCUUCAAGGCCUCGGUCUCCAACACCGGAAAUGCCCCAGCUGCCCAACGGCACCUAUCCAAAAGCCAAAGGUGAGCCAGCAUACAAAGACGCCUCGCUUCUUUUUAAUGAAGAGCUGCGCCACUUUAGCAACAAUAUAGCCAAAGAUUGCGAUGACGCAUUUAGGAGUUCACUCAUCGAGGAAGACUCCAUUUCUGGAUCAUUGACAGAUAUGCAUAAGAGGCAGCGUGAUUCCACACCAUUUUCUUUUACAAUUGAUACUCCGUCGGAAGCAACCGCACCCACAGAAUUCUCAUGUAUGUCCUGGAGCAGUCGUCCCCUGCCACCACUUCCAUUGGAGCCUGGCCCCAAGGCAACUAAUGCAAACUCCCGACUAGUUUCGAGAGCAGGAGGGGGAAACAUUAUGGCAGACCAAGUCAACUUACUGGCCCUACCAUUACUGCUUCCAAGCCAAUCGGACCGCCGAGUCGUCUCAGCCCCGUAUGGCCAGGCUAGUCGCCGGACAGGUACUCUGCCGUGCAUCAAUGAGAAUCCAGGAGGCAACAAUAUGGCCAACGUUGAGAAGACAAGGAUCGUAUCCGCGCCACCGCAUUCACCGUCGAAGAAGGCAAACCGCCCCAUCAGUGGCGUCGAGUAUCUGAACCAAGUUGAAAACUCAAUCAGAGUUGUCACUUCCCCCACAGCACAAAGCCCAGUCAAAAUUCCCGAGCCACUGAAUGUGCGAAAGAAGAUUACCAACCAAGACUUUGGCGGGUCGCUGAAUUACCACAUAGAACAGCUAGAAAGUACAUUGAGGAACUAUGGGCAGCAUGAAGAAGAUAUUUUGCAAGCAGGUACCAAUAGCCCAGUGAAGAAGAAGAAAUCCUGGUUCAAGAGAUCAUUCAAGCUCGACUCGGAAGAGACUUUGGUAGAGUCCAAGGAUGAGAGGCAGCGAACCGUAUCGUGCGAAACUCGCCAAUCGGGUUCCAGUUCUGCGACAGCUGCCUCAUCUAAGAAGAGAAAUUUCAGCUUUCCAUUUUGGAAGAGUAACCGAAAUAGAGAUUCGAAGACGAUGGUUGAAGAUCGCCAAAACCGAGAUCAAGAAGUGGCCACUACAAAGGCCGGGGCGAAGAAGGAAAAAUGGCAUCGGUCGUCGUCGGCCGGCAGCCGCAAUAUUGAGGUUAAGCAGAAUUGGCUUACUAGGCUAUUCCGUGUCAAGCCUGCGACAAGCUAUAUUUGCAUGACGCUGUCACGCAAACGUGCCCGACAGGAGGUAGCCAUCUUGCUGAGAGAGUGGCGUAAGCGCCGAUACGGAAUUAAGGGUAUACAAGUGGAUAAGGAACGCAACAUCGUCUUUGCGCGAGUUGCAGCUAAGAACUGUUUGAAUCUCAAAGAAGUUGCAUUUGCUGCAGAGGUAAUGACGGUGAUUGAGCAUGGUAAGAAACAGCCGCUCAGCAUCAUUCGCUUUACACAGGAGCGUGGUGCCGCGAGCAGCUUCCACAAAGUUGUGGAUACCAUGCGAAUUGUGUUUACCGACCGCAACCUCGUGGUUAAGGACCGAAGCAAGCAAAAGAUGAUGAUCAAGACUCUGAAUUCGUAA